GGGCCCCUACUUUUUGGUCAUUGUAUGAUGAUUGGUUGGAAUCUAGUGGUUGCGUCAACAAAGAUAUAUUUUUUUCCCCGAGCUAUACUCCCCCGGGAUCUCAGAGGGGGUAUUUAAAUGAAUGGUGUGGUGAGGGAUUGUCGGAUUUCACACGUGUUCUGGACUUGAAGUGAACAAAAUGGCGAAUAAGAGUAAAUCGCUAGACACCAGCCCAGCACCAAUGGUAGUCGAUGGCAAAGACCAGGAAGUGUUUCCUGCUUUUCAUAAGCUCGUUUCCAGGAAUCAGUACGGCUCAGCUCCUGGACACUACGUCAAGGUCCUGGACAACACGCUCGCGGCUGUGGGUGUGGGAACGGAACCGGAAUCGACAUUUAAGAUCUACAGCAGUCUGGUGGAUCUACAGACAGAACUCAACAUAUUGGCCAGCUAUCAACAUCCGAACACUGUGGUCGCAGUAGAUAAAGGAGGCGACGGUAAAUACAGGGUCGUCUUGAAGGAGCUCCCUGAAGGCUACGUCCAAAGUCUGACCAACUUCCGAGGAGUCAAACAAGAACACCCGGAAAUCCUGUUCAAGAAAGCCAUUCCUGCGGGCUCUGAGUUUUGCAGCUACGUGUCAAUCAUAAGUGACAGCAAGCCAAUCAUCCUGGGGUUCGACAGAGAGGGGCACCUCAUGGAUCCGACCCAAGUGGAGAUGGACACGGAGGCGGCAAAGUUAAGGAUCCACGAGGCGCAGGAGUAUUAGACGGGAUACCUGUGGCAUGUUGUCAAGGGUAACAGGGUGUUUCAUUGCAACAGGAUACACUAGUAGGCGAAAAGGAUUUGUUGCUAGGCAACAAGGCAUACUACUAAUUAACAUGGUUUGUAACUAAUGUAUGUUACUGAGCAACGAAUUUGUUACUAGGCAACAUGAUUUGCUACUAGGCAACAAAAGGAUAUAUCACUAACAAAAUGGAUGUUUGAUUAGAUUGCUGAAAUUAUGGACCUGUUAGAAGUUUCAAAACAUGGAAGCCCGGAUAUUUUUGUAAUAAUAAAAAUGUGAUAGUGAAGUAGUUUGUUUGAUUUUUAUUUCAUAGAACAUGUCAUCUAUUAGAGCAUGUCAGUCAAUAUUAUGCCAUAGAUUCUCAUGGUCGCAGUUCCACUUUUGGUGAGGCAAAGCAUAUCUUGCUCAAAUUGUAGACAUUAAAAUGUCGUGCUCAGUAACA